AUGGUGCAGCUUGGAGAAGAAGCUGUUGCUCUUCGGUGGUCUUUGUGCCAAUACUCCAGAGUUAUAAAGAUAGAAAAGUGCAGUGCGCUCUCUAGUGCGAUUCCAUCCUAUGCAUUAGCCCAUCUGCAACAUCUCCAAGAAUUAAAAAUAUGGUCAUGUGAUUCAAUGAAAGAUGUAUUCGAAAUCAAAAGGGUGGUUGGUAAUGAUGUCACAAGUAGGCCUGGGGAUGGAAGUAGUCGAAGUGUUGCUGUACCAUCAUUUACAAUUAGUAUUCUUCCUGAUUUGCGUAAUCUAAGGAAAUUGGAUAUCUGGCGGUGUCACCUUUUGAGAGAUGUAUUCCCCUUUUCCACUCUUCAAAGUCUCACCAAACUAGAAUCUUUAAAAAUAUCAUCUUGCGAUGGUAUCCGAGUGAUAGUCAGGGAGGAGGAGGAAGAAGAUGGAAACCACACCACAUCAUCAUCAUCUGAUCCUUAUAAAUUACCUGUGUUCUUCCCUUGCCUCAAGUCUGUGGAACUAGAAAACUUGCCUAAUCUGGAGAGUUUUUUCUUGGGUACAAAUGCCUUUCAGUACUGUCCUGUAUUGGAUAGAUUUCAAAUAUGGAAAUGCCCAAAAAUGAGAAUGCUUACACAAGGUCAAUGGGAUUCUCCUGUCCUCAAAUAUUUACAUUCAGACAGCUACUUGCAAGAAGAGCCUGUUACUCUGUGGUCUUUUUGGAUAAGGGAGUGCAGUGGGCUCUCAAGUGCGAUCUCACCGUAUGCAUUAGGACGUAUGCAAAAUCUCAAAGAACUGAGAAUCGACGGAUGCGAUUCAAUGAAAGAAGUAUUCGAAAUGGAAAGGGUAGUUGAAAAUGAUCAUGUCACAAGUAGCGUUGUAUCAUCUUUAAAAAAUAGUAAUAAAGUAAAACAACUACGAUUCCUUCUAUUCUGCGUAGGCACCAACAGUAAUAAUAAUGGUAGUAGUAGUGAUGUCGUAUCAUCGUUAACGACAAAUACGAAUACUACUACUAUUAGGAUUCUUCCUGAUUUGCGUAAUCUAGGGAGUUUGGUUAUCAGUGGGUGUCCCCAAUUGAGAGAUGUAUUCCCUUUUUCCACUCUUCAAAGCCUCACAAAACUCCAACAUUUAGAAAUAAGAGGGUGUGAUGGUAUCCGAGUGAUUGUGCAGGAGGAGGAAGAAGAUGGAAACCACACAACAUCGUCUUCUGAUGAUCAAGUUGUGGUCUUCCCGUGCCUGAAGCGUGUGGAAUUAUAUCAUCUCCCGAAUCUUGAGGGUUUUUUCUUGGGUAGGAAUAACUUUCGAUGGCCUGUAUUGGAUACUGUUUGGAUAAGGGAUUGCCUAAAAAUGAGAAUGUUUACAAAAGGUCACUCGGAUUCUCCUAUGCUCAAAUCCAUACGUUCAGACAUGGGAGAACAUAGUGCGGAAUACGGCCUCAAUCAUCAUCCAACUGCUGCUGCCUUGCAAGAAGAGGAAGAGGUUCCCAAUCCAAGUUUGGAUGGUUCAACCUCGAGCUCAGUACUCCCUAUUUCAGAAAGGAGGAUGCCCUGGUUUUAUAAUAACUUGAUCACAGUUGAUGUGCGAGACAGGCUUAAUCAGAGAUUUGUAAUCAGACACAAUGAGUUGCAGCAUCUGCAGAAGAUUGAAAAGAUAAAAAUAUCACAGUGUUCAGGAGAGAGGGGGAUUUUUGAAACAUUUGAUAUGGAUGACAGUUUGAACCAAACACAUUCUGUUUUGGAAGUAAGAGAGAUGGAAUUCGAGGGGUUGUUUGAUAGCAGAUGUUUAUGGAAGAGCAAACAGUGGACAGUAUUGAAGUUUCCAAACCUAACAACGCUGUCUCUUGAUCGUUGUUUUAACUUAAGAUAUGUAUUUACUAUUUCCAUGGUUGAUAGUUUAUUGCGACUCCAAGAGCUAGCUAUAAUCCACUGCCCAGGAAUGCAGAUAAUCUUGGCGGAUGUAGAAAAGGAUGAAGUAGAACAAAUUGACAACGGAAAAGAACAUGAAGAUGAGGAUCAAAGAAGAGUGGACGAGGACUACGGAAAAGAAAAAGGACACAAUGAUGAAAGAAGAAUGAAGGUGGUAGAGUUUCCUUGUCUAAGAAGAAUAUGCCUACAUGACCUUAUGAGUCUAAAGGGUUUUUGCUUAGGAAUGGAGACUAUUCAUUUGCCAUCAUUAGAUACCCUAAGUAUAUCAAUGUGUCCAAGUAUAACAACUUUUACCAAUGGACAAUCUACCACUCCAAAGCUUAAGUUAAUACAGACGAGUUAUGGGUUGGGUGAUGCAACGGAAGGGGUCAACUCCUUUAUACGGACACGAAUUGAAAAGAUUUGCACCGGUUUCAGGUUGCUUGGAGCUUCAUAUAUAGCAACAAUUGAUUUACGCAAGUUUAAUGUGGCUGUUGGGGAAGCUAUUGGGCAAUGUUCUGGUUUCUAG